CCCCGACCCCGCUCUGCCCUCUUCCUUCUCCUCGCACCCUCGCCGGCGACUGCCUCCCCGCCCGCCCCGCCGCCCGCCACACCACGUCGUCGUAGCCAUGGAUAGAAGUGCUUAGGCGCUGUCACCUCCCCCGCAGCUGCUCCUCCCUCGUGCCCUCCUCUCCCCCGCGGCUGCUGUGCCCUGGCGACGAUGGCCUCGGCGAUGGCCGGGGCGAUGCGAGCGGCGGCGACCUCCCCUGCUUAGGCCUCGAUGGCAGUGGCGGCUACUCCAGCUCGGAGUACAGUAGCGAGGACGAAGAUUUUGCAGAGCCGGCGUUGUCGAUGGAGCAGAGGCUGGGAUUGGCGCGAAUUUGGGUGGCCAACCCUAGCACCGCCCAUCACUGGACUCAUGGCUUCGGUGGUGUUCUAUAAGUGCUCCACUGUUCCAUUCUUGCUCACUAAAAUUGGGGAUUAGUGUUAGGGUUUACUGCCUACAUGUUUAGCGCUCUAAUUGCUAGUCCUAGCUAGAGCAGAGAAGUAUAGUGGAUUACAUGAGUCCUAACUAGAGCAGAGCACCAUUAUGUGUUACCUAACUGGAGCAGAGCAAAGCAGCAUUAGUGGAUUACAUUGUUAUUUCUUAGUCCAAAUUGUCAUAGCAGCAUUAGGUGUUACCUAGCUAGAGCAGAGCAGAGCAGAGAAGCAUAGUGGAUUAAAUGAGUCCUAACUAGAGCAGAGCACCAUUAGUGGACAAUUCUGUUAACUACUUAUCUGAAAAUACAAAACAUCAGUUUGAUGUGAGUUAAGUACCAUCUCUGUAAUUAGGGUUGCAUUGAGAUAGUUGUUUACAUUGUUUGAUUUUGUAGCAAUUGUUUAGUUUAUUCAUAUUGUAAGGGUAAAUAAAAGCUUUGUUUAUAUGUUAACUUAAACAAAGCUUUGUUUAUAUGUUAACUUAAACAAAGGUUUGUUUAUAUGUUAGCCUAUCUGUUAAGUAAAAUUGUUUAUUAACCAAUUUUGUCUGUUAUUUCAUUUUGCAGUUUGUAUGAUGACAUUUUGGCUGUUAGGUUCCAUUUUGAUGCUUCAGAAAUGUUUGAGCUGAAGCUCUGCAGUUCAGAUGUAACGUACCUGAAUAUGAUUGCAGUGAUGGAAACCCAAGGAUUUAGUGAAUAUGAUCUGCUGUUUCACAUUGAGAAUCCAGAUUUAGGGGAGAAAGGAUUGGAGAUGGUAGAGAGUAAUGCUGAGUUGCAACUAGUAAAGAGGCAGGUUGAGGAGUGUAAGGUUCUAAAUUUGCUAGCGAGGGCAUGUCCACCUCCUUGCAGCCAGUUUGAGAGGUAAGAAUUAUCCAUUGUUGUGUAUGAAGAGCAUGUGUUAUAUGAUCUCAGUGAGCCACCCAUCUAUGUUGUUGAUGAAGAAGGAGUUGCCUUUGAAAGUCAGAGUAGUAGCUGCAGUGUAGCUCAUGGUACUGGUGUUUGCACACAAGAGAGCAAGAAUGUAAGAGGAAAACUGAAAGUUGUUUUGGAAAUAGAAGAAGAAGAGGGAUAUGAUGGCAGUGGUGGUUUGUGAAGGUGAAGAUGACAGUGAUGUAAACCCUUUUUAUAUGGGUGAUGCUGAUGACAUAGAGAUGGAUGAGGGAAAGAAAUAGAGAGAGUAUGAUGAAAUAGAAGAGGAAGAAACAGAUGAUGAAGAAUCUGAGGAGGAAGAAGUGGUGCAUUAUGAGGGUGACACAGAGGUUGAGGAACCUUUUCAAAUGGAUGAAGGUGAUAGUUGUUUCACAGGAUGAAGAAACUGUAAUUGCACAUGAAGAGAAGAAGAAGAAGAAGAAGAAGAAGAAGAAGAAGAAGAAGAAGAAGAAACAGAAGCUUCCAGUUAGGAAAGGGCCUACAACAAGGACACAUUCAAGUGUAGUUCAAGAGGAGGAACCUGAUUUCAAACCUUCAUCUGACGAAGAAGAGAAAGGAUUGUUGAAGGAGGCUGAUGAUGAUGGUUAUGAGCCAUUGUCAUUUAUGCUGCCAAAGAAAAGGAAGAGCAGGGCAAAGCAGAGGCCUCCUAGAAAAUGGUACAAUGAGAAAAUGGAAGCACCACAUGAGCAAUUAUGUCUAAAGAUGUGUUUCAAGGAUCAACAUCAAUUCAGAGAGGCUUUGUUGAACUUACACAUCACUCAAGGCAGAAACUUGAAAUAUCAUAGGAACUCAGAUCAAAGAAUAAUUGUACAAUGCAACCAAAAACAUUGCAACUUCUUUAUGGUGGCACCAGUUAUAAAAGGUGAAACUACUUUUGUAAUUAAGAAGAUGAGAAUUAAGCGCACUUGCCCUAUUAGUACAAAGACAACAAGGGUAAGUGCCAAGUGGCUUGCACAGAAGUAUGAGUCAUUGUUCAGAUCUGAUCUAACAACUGUCAUUCAGACUUUGAUUGAUGCCUGCAUGGAGAAGUAUGGUGUGGAUGUGCCCAAGUCAAUGGCAUAUAGGGCAAAGAACCUAGCUAUUGAUGUUGUGCUAGGAGACCACAAGAAGCAAUACCCUAGGUUGAAAGACUAUGCUCACACGGUGAUGGAUACAAACCCUGGGAGUAGAGUAGUAGUCACUACUGUAACUCCAACAUCCACUGAAAAAAAUCCCCCAUCCAGGUCCAAGAUUCCAUGCUAUGUUCUAUUGCAUCAAUGGAGCAAGGGAGGGGUUUCUCUCAAGGGGAGCAGACCAUUCAUUGGUGUUGAUGGGUGCUUCAUUAAGUUAACUACUGGUGCUCAAUUACUUGCUGCCACUGGUAGAGAUGGCAACAACAACAUAUACCCACUAGCAUUUGGUAUUGUUGGGCAAGAGGACACACCUAACUGGUGUUGGUCUCUACACCAACUUAAAAUCUGCCUAGGAGGAGAAGAGCGACAGUUUGGUCCAUAUACAAUAAUGUCAGCUAGACAAAAGGUAUGUGCUUUUAUCUUAUGUCCUUGUUUCUAUAUGGUUGUUUUGUGCUAG